UUCUUAUUCGAAAGCCCAAACUGUCCAUUCGGUAUUCGAUAAAAAUAAAACUCUUGGAUUAUAAGCUGUUGGAAGCAUGUGGGAAUGAUCUAUAAAUAAACGACAAACUACCACCCCCUGAUCAAGAUCUACAUAGGGAAUAUCGAAUCCCUCCAUUUUCUGCUUACGGGGGUGGACUUCCCUCGACCAAGACCAGAUUGCUGACAUUUGCGCAACGUCCUACGUCGCUCGAGAUUCUUUACCGUCUAAUCACCCUGCCAUAGCCACUUCGGUCGCUAAAAGUUCCUGAUCUUGGUAUCUGUUUUGACCGCAAUGGCAACCACAGUAGGACUAGCCAGCAAUGGCUCCCCGCGCCCGGGUCCUCAAAUACAACCAUGUCGAUACAAAGUAGGAAAGACGUUAGGAGCAGGUUCAUAUUCCGUCGUGAAAGAAUGUGUCCAUAUUGACACGGGUCGUUAUUAUGCUGCUAAGGUGAUUAACAAGAGGUUGAUGGCCGGUCGAGAACAUAUGGUACGGAAUGAAAUCGCCGUCCUCAAAAAGGUCUCGAUGGGCCAUCAAAAUAUCCUAACCCUAGUCGACUAUUUCGAGACCAUGAACAAUCUCUACCUUGUAACCGACCUUGCGCUAGGAGGUGAACUCUUCGACCGAAUCUGCCGUAAAGGGUCAUACUACGAGUCCGACGCUGCUGAUCUAAUUCGCGCAACUCUUUCCGCUGUAGCCUACUUGCACGACCAUGGCAUUGUACAUCGCGAUCUUAAACCCGAGAACCUGCUCUUCCGUACACCUGAAGACAACGCCGACCUUCUUAUUGCCGACUUCGGAUUGUCGCGCAUCAUGGAUGAGGAGCAAUUCCACGUCCUAACAACCACCUGCGGUACUCCUGGAUAUAUGGCACCUGAAAUUUUCAAGAAGACGGGACAUGGGAAGCCAGUUGAUAUAUGGGCCAUGGGCGUAAUCACGUAUUUCCUAUUAUGUGGCUAUACCCCAUUUGACCGUGAUACCGACUUUGAGGAGAUGCAGGCCAUUCUCAAUGCCGACUACAGCUUCCAACCGGCCGAAUACUGGCGUGGUGUUAGCGACCAUGCCAAAGAAUUCAUCAGCCGAUGUUUGACGGUCGACCCGAACAAGCGCAUGACUGCUCACGAAGCCCUAUCACAUCCGUUCGUUGCUGACUACAGCUUGGGCGGUGACGACAACAGGGGCCAGAACCUGCUUCCAACAGUCAAGAAGAACUUCAAUGCGCGAAAGACGUUACAUGCUGCCAUCGACACAGUUCGUGCUAUCAACAAACUCCGAGAAGGUCAACAAGCUCAUCUUAUGGACGGCUCCCGGUCAGCAGAACCCGGUCGCGGUGCACCACCGUUGGGCAAGGCCGAGGCAACAAAAGCAGACUCUGGCUACGCAAGCACGGCUAACGGAGACGUGGAGAUGGGCGGGAUGAACCCAACCUCUGGGGUACCUGCAAGUCUUAGGCCAGGCGUAGCUGCGAACAGGGUCGUUGAAACAUCAAAAGGACUGUGGAGUGCUAGCCAACCACGGAGGUAAACCAGGCCCAUCGCAUGCGGGCGGUUGGGGCGACAUGGUUAUUAAGACGAAGUGAGGGAUGAAAUUAUUUAGAAUGCAUCUGCGAAGGCGAGCGAAUAAGGAUCAUUUCAUUAUGGGCAUGAGACGAGAAGACAGGACAUAUUCUCCUUUUUAUUGUUAUUAUUC